AUGACGUUUCCUCUCGUCGUCUUCUGCGUCGCACUGCCAUGGCCGGUGGUGCUGCUGGUCAAGACCCUCGCUCGCAUCCGCUCCUUCCUCGUCGUCACCCUCGACGCACAAAGCUCCAUCCCUCUUCCUCCUCCGCUGCCUCCGUCGCUCGUCAUGGCCAAACUCCCGGUGGUCCAACUCCAGGCCUCCGCCGCCGGCGACGCCUGCGCCUUCUGCUUGGAGAGGCUGCAGCCGCAGGAUGAGGUCCGACUGCUCGCCAACUGCCGCCACACCUUCCACCGCGCCUGCACCGACCGCUGGGUCGCCAAGGGCCAGGCCCAGUGCUGCCCGCUGUGCCGGUCAGACAUUUUGCCCCCUCCAGCUGCAGCGCCAUCGAUGGUGGUUGGAACGUUAACGUACGUGCUGGUCGAGAUAUACACGCAAGCUAGGGAAGCGAUGGAGACGUGCGUGCAUGCAUGGCGAUAUGUAUGGAGUUAG